UUGACGCGUUGUCAUCAGUAAGAAUAUCUGUCUGAGUGGGAAUUGGCGUAUUUGUUAAUUUCAAAUCAGUUAGAUUUGCUCCCGGUAGAGGCCCAAUGCUUAUUCCAACGGUAGUAAAUUGAGAUUCAGUCGGCGUCUGUGACGUCACUGGUUCCUGUGUUCCUGGCGACUCUGUUGGAGGCUGUGGUGUCACAGGUUCCUGUGUUCCUGGAGCCUCUGUUGAUGGCUGUGAUGUCACAGAUUCUGUUGUUACCGGGGCCUCUGUUGGUGGUUGUGACGUCACAGGUUCUUGUGUUCCUGGAGCCUCUGUCGAUGGCUGUGAUGCCACAGAUUCCGUUGUUACCGGGGCCUCUGUUGGUGGUUGUGACGUCACAGGUUCUUGUGUUCCUGGAGAUGUUGUUGAUGGCUGUGAUGUCACAGGUUUCGUUAUUUCUGGAGCACCAGUUAAUGGCUGUGACGUCACAGCUUUUUGCGUUCCGGGAGAUUCUGUUGGUGGCUGUGAUGUCACAGAUUCUGUUGUUACUGGAGCCUCUGUUGAUGGUUGUGAUGUCACAGGUUGUUGUGUUUCUGGAGCCUCAGUCGAUGGCUGUGAUGUCCCAGUUUCUUGCGUUCUGGGAGAUUCUGUUGGUGGCUGUGAUGUCACAGGUUCUGUUGUUACUGGAGCCUCUGUUGAUGGUUGUGAUGUCACAGGUUGUUGUGUUUCUGGAGCCUCAGUCGAUGGCUGUGAUGUCCCAGUUUCUUGCGUUCUGGGAGAUUCUGUUGGUGGCUGUGAUGUCACAGAUUCUGUUGUUACUGGAGCCUCUGUUGAUGGUUGUGAUGUCACAGGUUGUUGUGUUUCUGGAGCCUCAGUCGAUGGCUGUGAUGUCCCAGUUUCUUGCGUUCUGGGAGAUUCUGUUGGUGGCUGUGAUGUCACAGGUUCUGUUGUUACUGGAGCCUCUGUUGAUGUCUGUGAUGUCACAGGUUCUGUUGUUACUGGAGCCUCUGUCGGUGGUUGUGAUGUCACAGGUUGUUGUGUUUCUGGAGCCUCAGUCGAUGGCUGUGAUGUCACAGUUUCUUGCGUUCUGGGAGAUUCUGUUGGUGGCUGUGAUGUCACAGGUUCUGUUGUUACCGGAGCCUCAGUCGAUGGCUGGGAUGUCACAGUUUUUUGCGCUCCAGGAGAUUCUGUUAAUGUCUGUGAUGUCACAGGUUGUUGUGUUCCUGGAGCCUCUGUUGGUGGCUGUGAUGUCACAGGUUCUAUUGUUACCGGAGCCUCUGUUGGUGGCUGUGAUGUCACAGGUUCUGUUGUUGCCGGAGCCUCUGUUGAUGGCUGUGACGUCACAGGUUGUUGUGUUCCUGGAGCAUCUGUUAAUGGUUGUGAUGUCACAGGUUCUUGUGUUCCUGGAGCAUCUGUCAAUGGUUGUGAUGUCACAGGUUCCAUUGUUACCGGAGCCUCUGUUGAUGGCUGUGAUGUCACAGGUUUUUGUGUUCCCGGAGCUACAGUUGAUGACUGUGACGUCACCAGUUCCGGUGUUUCAGUUUCGUCACUUUGAGUCUGUGACGUCACAGCAUCUGUCGUUACGCUACCAACCGUGGACAAUUUCUGAUCAUCGACCUCUGGCCGAGUGGGCGUGGACACGGGGCGCUGGCUGGACGGGGCUGGAGUGGAAUCAGUGGCUGGGCUCGUGCUAGCGGUGUCUGUGGCGGUGUCAGUGGGAGGUGACUGGCUAGACGUGUUAGUGCUGUCGGUGACAGCUGACGUGGUCAAGGUGACGGUCUCUCUACCGACUUCCGUUACCGGCAACGGUGUUGUGUCGGUUUCUCUGUCCGGUACCGUAGCUAAGGGCGAAAAAAAAAAUCAAAAGCGAAAUAAGGAAAAAGGAAAAACCGAAAUGCCCGCUGCAAAAGCGAUACCGUGUUAAUGCGUAAAGUAGAAAGUAAAUUCGUUAUUUAUAUAAGCAGAAAAUAGCAAAAUAAACGCGAAUGAAACUGUUAUUAAAUGAAAUAAUGUAAAUAAUUCAAUUAAGAUAAUGUAAGUUAAUACAAACGCCAAAUUAAAAUCUCUAUCCACCGCAUCAGGCCAGAAGACGUUUAACAAAAAUGAACAAAAACUGUAACUAUUGCAAAGCAAAUCAUCAAUAAAAGUAACUAAAUGAAUCGACAAAAUAGCUUAAAGGAAUCAAAGCAAAACAAUGCAAACCGUGUUAGUGUAAUGCAAAUUAACCCACAAAAUAACGAAAUGCAAAUACAAAUCAACAAAACAACAUUGCUGCCCUGAGUCGGAAUACGUUACCUUGCCUCGCGGGUUCAGCCACGAUUCUCUCUCGUGCUAUAUUUCUCAUAUCUAUGUGCCUAACAAAUCGCGUGUAUGUCUGUCUGUCCGUCUGUCUAUCUGUCUGUCGUUCUAUCGACAUAAUCCAUCUUGUAUCACGUGACCGGUGUCAUUUCCUUGCAGCAGCGUGUGUGCUAGUGCUACAGCGCGCGUGAGCGCAUGUGCGUGCGUGUGCAGUUUUUCCCCACAUAAAAACAUGCACCUAACCCAUGUAUUAACCAUCUUAAUCGGAUCAUGUAAGGCAUGCACGCACACCGGAGCGAUGUGUCUUGUGUGGUGCUGGUGUCUAAAAUUCUCGCGUUUCGCACGAAGCUGUAUGCGUGUUCUCUUCGUUGCGCCUCUUUCUUCUCUCCUUUCUCGCCCGCACUCAGCGCUGCGCGGCACUUAUAGCUAUCUAUCAGCGCUACUUUACCUUCCCCUUCUUCUUCGUGCUGUUACCAUUCUCCUGCGAACACCCAAACUUCCUUACCCACACAUAAUCGAGCAACAAUCCACUAUCGACACCUGAAAGAAAACCUGUGAAAAAAUUCCCUCGCGUUUCCGCCAUCUUGGCAGUGG